AAAACCUUUUAUGCUGCUUUGAGUGCCAUCAUUCACAGUAAUUUUACUCCGUAAAUGGUUGUAUCAUUUUAUUGACAAAGCAACAAAAGGAGAGCGAGCGGUGACAAUGGAGAACUUUAUUCGGGUCAAGUGGAGAACGUGUGCAGUGCUGUUUACCGUCUCAGGUAUCAAUCUGUUCGUCAGUCAUGUGACUGGUAAGUACAAGUAUAAAAUAAACCAGUACUAGCCUGGUUACAGUAUCAGCAAUUAGAUUGUGUAAGCUUUCUGAAGAAACACAAACAAAAUAAAUAUUACAAAUCAAAGGGCAAUGAUUAUUGGCAAUGAUGUCACACAUAGGAACACAGUAGCUGUAUUUUUGACCAUCCGACCAUCCAUCCAUCCAUCAGUCCAGUAAAGAUAGUUAGCAGGCAAUGCAAUAUGUCUUGAUGAAGAGCCAUCCAUGUUUUUUUCUGAAUUGUAAUGAUCAGCCAUGCUUUAUUUUAAUUCGGUGAUUUCUGUGUUUGUGGACAGGCGUUAAUCAGGAGAACAUCUAUUGUAUGUUACAUAAUUACAUAGUUACAUAGCUGAAAAGAGACUUGCGUCCAUCAAGUUCAGCCUACCUCACAUUUGUUUUUUGCUGUUGAUCCAAAAGAAGGCAAAAAAACCCAGUUUGAAGCACAAUUUUGCAACAAGCUAGGAAAAAAAUCAUUCUUGACCCCUGAAUGGCAGUCAGAUUAAUCCUUGGAUCAAGCAGUUAUUACCCUACAUUGAAAGAUUAUAUCAUUGAAUAUUCUGUUCUUGCAAGUAUGCAUCUAGUAGCCGUUUGAACAACUGUAUGGACUCUGAUAAAACCACUUCCCCAGGCAGAGAAUUCCACAUCCUGAUUGUUCUUACAGUAAAAAAAUGUUCUGUGGACUGCAUCAUGAAAAUUUUUUUCUUGCAAUAAUUCUAGCUGAAGGUAUUGUUGUUGUCCAAUGGUGGGCUAAUCUACUCAUGACGAAGAGAUACUAUGGUGGUAGAUUUACAUGUUGCUUGAGUAUAGUGACUUAGUGAGAGCAUAUUAUCUAGAACUCCAAGGCGUUUGGCUUAAGUGCGUGAUCUGCAGGUUUUGCAAGCUGUUUUUAGAUAUACCCGCACGUUUUCAUUGAUGGUAUAUCUACUAAACAUUGAUGUAUUUUUUGGACAGUGUAGUGGAGCGUCCCUUUAAUUGGGGAGACAGUUACUGUUGUGUCUGAUUACCUGCUGCUCAAUGCACAAUUUAGAAAGUUUUAACAAUCAGACAUUUUGGAGAAGCUACCGGCUUAUCAGAGCUUGAUUAAACAUAAGACUGCAUAGGCUACUGCCUGGGCUCAGACAGCUAUGUGUAAUGAAAUAAAAUAGUAAACUAUAGAGAAAUUUGUGAAUUCAAUUAAUUAUUCAGUUGUUUUGGUUUCUACUAUUUUCGCAGGAAACAAGUCUUGUACGAACAAUAUAGACAUUCCGAGUAACACGGAAUACAAUACAUCUAUAGGACACCCCCUCGCCUUAAGGUGUCCAGUCCAUUUCUGCCACGGAGAAGCCCCCAAUGUGACUUGGUGCAAGUUCGAAGGAUACAUAUGUCAGACUAUUGAUACAGACUCCAGGAUCUCUUUUGAAUGGACAGAACUGACUCAACUUUAUGGGAUUUAUCUAUUGCACUUUAUAUCAGUUAAUGAAAAUGACAACAGCUACUAUCAAUGUUCUGUGAAUCACCAAAAUCCCAAAUCCGAGGGCAAAAUGCUGAAAGUUAAUAUAUUGAGUAAGUUACAAAGAGUCUGCUACCACACAGUUUGUGAUCAUUAACGGAGUUUAACAGUAGUUUUAUUCUCACUAUUCACAAAACUGCUCUUGAUCUGGCGUUUUGUACACAACAUGCUUUAUUGGAUUUCUGCAUGUUACAUGGAUCUGCAUGCAACUUGCUCUGGUUCUUUGGUUCAGUAAAUACACAUUACUACUUAGGAAUAGAUUAAAGGAGUAUAGAGAACUGAGACAGGGAAAGAUGACUUAAAAUUGGGUAAAUUCACUGGGUGAGCAAUGGCAAGAAAAUGAAAAUAACUGAAAAGGUUUGGCAGAGAUAAAGUACUUUGGGAGACGAGAAGAGGAAUAAUGUAACAGAAAAAAGGAUGGGGACUGAGGUGGUUAAACCCACCCUAAUUAUUUCUUAUUUUUUGACUGGUGAGUACAUAGAUAUCCAUGACUGUACUAUAAGUGCAAAGUGCAGACUUUCCAAGUACGCACUAGCCAUUGGUGAGUGGAGGGUCAUCCCUACAAAUAGAAAAUUCAGCCCUAACAGGUGAGCCAAGGAUCCCCGAUCAGGCAGUGCGGUCCUUGGCAUACUUGCUGCUGCUUGCUUGAUGUGUGUCGUUAUCAUGAGGGACAAUAAAUAAAAGAGUGGGUAUAUGCCUGUUUAAUCUUUGCAGAGAUUUUAGACAUCUGCAACCAGAGAUUUUAGACCUCUUGUCUGAUUCACAGUCGGGGGAGGGGGCGGGGGGUGUACCAGGUUAAUAUCUAGAAAUGCCAAUCUCUACUAAAAUCUGCAUUUUUUGCAAAAUAAAAAAGAAGACACACUCUUCAGCAACUUAAAGUGCUUUCAGUGUUUUUCGUGUCCCUUUAAAAAAUGACCAUUUUAUUGUGCCACAACACUAAACAGGCAAAAUUUAGACCCAAUAUAUGUUCAGACUAGUAACUGGAAAGUGCAAGAGACAUGUUUAAGAUCAAGUGCUAAGCUGAACGUUAAAGUGACAAUGACCAUAUGUAAUAGAAUAUUGACUACCAGCAAAUAUAUAUAAAGUAUAAACGGCAAUACAGAACAACAGACAGACAGGAUGAUAGAUUUAUACGGGGGAGAGAUCAUGAGGAUGUUUCUCUCCUUCUCAUAUACGUAGGAGUAGGAGAUGAGAAAAGCUUUAAUCUGAGCAAAGUUUGUAAUAUAGUGAAACUUAAAUUAACACUGUAAUUUAACUUUUACAUUUUGUAAAAACUAUUUCAAGUCCUAUGCCAUAACCCAAGUCUAGAAGCUACUUGCCACUGCAAACACUUAACUUCGACAGGAUAAUAGCUCGUCCAUCCACGCAACCCUCAAAUGACUCAUACAACAAUUUGUAGCUGGUUGGUACAUGUUACACAUUGUAGGAUAUUUGUUGCAGCUUCCUGGGUGGACUAUAUGUUUAGUUAAGGUGAUGGCGAUAUAUAUACAUACAACGAGCACAAUGUAUAAAUAAAAUAUUAAUGACUUAGUAUUCAUGAAACUUAUUAAUUGUAUCAUUUAUUAUGGCUCUCAUAUGUAGGUGAUACUAAAAUAAAUAGCCUAAAAGAUAUUCAGCCCUAUUCAUUGUUUGUUAAAUAAAUAUAUUUCCCAAAUUAUUAUUUAUCUUGUUUCAGGCAGACCUCAUGAUGAUAACUCAUCUGGUGAUCGCGGGAACGUCAGCAAGUCCUGGAUGACAUACGUUUUUAUUGGUCUCCGGUUCCUGUUGGUCAUUGUGACUUACUCAUUGUUAUUUGUAUAUAUUCGUAGACUCAAAGGUAGAAUAUUAUUCAAAACUCUCUAUAACUUACUCACUUAAGAAAAGAGGGUGAAAGCGUUGUAACCAAAAAAUAUAUAAAGAACCUCUGUCAUCACUAAAAUUUAGGAAUUGCAAGUUAUGUUGUUAUGUAAUCUAUUCUUAAUGCUGGUAAAACUAUUGCAGAACUCCUGUUAAGAGAACACUCCAAGCACCAUAACCACUAUAGUGCACUAUAGAUGAGCGUCCAUUAGCUAUCCUGAAGUGCCAUGCACAGUUCAGAUCUGAGAGCCUCUGGCUAGAGAGGAGAAAGGGCACAGUGUCUGGCAGGUACGAAGUCAGGCUGUUCUAAAUAGUUUGACUACUUAAAUUGUGGGUACUAGGGAACUUCUGGCACCACAACCACUAUAGCACGCUGUUGUGGUUAUGGUGCCAGAAGUUCCUUUAAUGCUUUGGACGCAUCUACUGUGAGGGAAGUAAAAAAUUUCAGAAAAGCGACAGUUCUUUAAAUCGGUAAAUGACAAGCACUAUGAUUAUUUAGAGUAACAUAAUAAUGUCCUAUUCUCAAUUCUCCAAUAAACAUAUAUCCCAUAUGUACAACAUGAAACCUCUGGACAAAUAAAAACACUGCAGUGGUUAUGGUGCAAAUAUGUCUUGUUGCCCUCCUAGUGUAAGCACUCAAACUAUUUGAGAAUGGUUUGACAGCUUACCUGGGUUCUGCCAGGUGCCCAAAACCGCUCUUUAGAUAGAGGCAUCCGGUAAUAAGCUAUGAAGCAGUGCAGGACUGCGCUCAUUGGCUGGGAGUGAUUAACUAAGCACUCUCAGCCAACGAGCUGGACCUGCACCACUGGUAUACAGGAAUUUUUGUUGAUAAAUAAAAGUUUUUCUACACAGACUGUAAUCAUGUAGAAUAAUACUGAAUCAAAACCAUAAAUGGAAAAAUAUGGGCUUUGAAUUUAAGUAUAUAUCUAUAAAAAUAGGUAAAUGCAUUCAUUUUAAAACAAUAUUACGAUCUCUUAUUAAACUAAUUCUUCUGAAUGAUAUCCCUGUGCUUGUGACAUUGAAUACAUGUUUAUUAACGUUCACGUAAAAACUUACAUGUUAAACAGGAAACUCUACGUAAGUUGCUCAGAACAAAACUAUCAGUCUGGUCAUAAUACUUGUUCUGAUGUGUUUUUCCAAAAAACAGGGGUGUUAUCAAUCUAAAAUUGUGUUAUUUAAAAAAAUUGAUUUCUUUUAUUUCUAAACUGCAGAUCCAGCUUGUUAGAAAAAAAAUUACUCAGUUUUAAAAAAGAACCAAAAAUCAAAUGAUUUGAAUAAAUAUAUUAUUUUGUCUUUCAGAAAACCAUCGGGUACAGCAGAAGACCGCCGUAAAGAACAGGGUAGAAUUAUUUUAUAUGUUUGACACAUACCAGCGAUGAAUGUGUUACCUUCUUCAGCCCUUCACUUUCAUUGAUGUAUCUUCUGAAUCAUAUAGUUUCAUUAAUGGGAUCAAACGAAGGUUCAUGAGAAAUAUCACAAAUACUGGUUUCCUCAGUCUAAGUCAGUGGCGUACCUAUAGUGGUUGCAGGGCCCAGGGUUGCAGCAGCGAGCAGGCCCGUCACUACAGGGGUCCCGGCCACCCUGUGUACCCAUGCGACCAGCAUAACUUCAGAGUCUGUGCAGAGCUGCACCGGCCCAGGACACGCGGUCGCUGCGCUACUGGCAGGAGGGGAGCACACAUCACUGUAUGUAGCGUGAUCUGACAAGUGAUGCUCACUGAAGGAUAAGACAUGGAGGGGUAGAGGGGGGGAAUGAGGCACAUGGAUGAGCUGGGGGAGGAAUGAGACACCUGGAGGGACUGAAGGGGAUGAGACACAUGGAGGAGCUGGGGGAGAGAAUGAGACACAUGGAUGGGCCGGGGGGGUCGGUGAGAUACAUGGAGAGCCUGUAGGGGGGAGCGUGAGACACAUGGGGAGCCUCAGGGCAACUUUUGCACCGUGACCGGGUGGUUUCUAGUUACACCUCUGGUCUAAGUACACUCAUUAAGAUGAGACUUGGCAUAAUGAUAUCACCAAUGAUUUACCAUAACUGAGGUCCUCUGAAGGGCCCCUUUCUGUUAGUAUGAAGUCUUGAGGGUCUUAGAAAAAGUGGUCACAAUAAAUGUCCUCUCUUAAAACUCAAAAAGGAUUGAAAUUAAUUAGCCUAUGUGUAUUAUUUCUUUACAACUGAAGUAUAUAACUGUACAUUAAAUAUUCCAAAUUAACAGGGCCAGAUUAAUAUAGGGGCUGAUGGAGCUGCAGCUUCAGUCCCAUGCCUAUGAAAUAGGACCAUUGACUUAAAAAAAAAAAUGCCCAUAUAUAUAUAUAUAAAAAAAAAAUUAAAACAGGAAAAAAUACCCUGCAUUCACGCUUUAACUCCUUCACUGCUGGGUGCAAGUAAUAGCUGGGUAACAGAUCACCUGGCACCCCGACUGGGUACCUCCGUUGAAGGAUGCUCCUAGCGCUUCCUGAGGGCUCCAAGCACUCCAGCAGACACCAUAACCACCGUAGACUCCUUCAGCGAGCAAAACAGGAGCAAGCUCUUAAAAGAUCUUAGUAGUGAUUAUAGCAAUCCCUUGUAGCAGAUUCCCCCCAAUAAGAGUCGGCACUCCAAAUUGAGGGGGAAGUAGAACUGUCUAAAACUUUAUUUUACUUGUGACUACAUUACAUUAACAUUGCUGUGAAAACUCAAUAAAAUGACAAACAGUCCAAUCAUAGCAGGCAACAUUCAGUGACUUAUUAUAACAUAAUACAUAUUUAUAAAUGGGUGGGGAAGACCAUAAUUAACACAAAUAUCCUGUAGUCGCUGCUGGAGCCUGGCGUCAAAGUGAGAUACUGCACAGCCUUCCAUCUCUGAAGUAGUGCUGGUUUUCCCAAGGCUAGGAAGCCAUCCCACUGCUGCCACCAAUGUAACGGAUCACCUGGCACCCCGACUGGGUACCUCCAUUGAAGGAUGCUCCCAGCGCUUCCUGAGGGCUCCAAGCACUCCAGCAGACACCAUAACCACCAUAGACUCCUUCAGCCAGUAAAACAGGAACAAGCUCUUAAAAGAACUUAGUAGUGAUUAUAGCAAUCUCUUGCACCAGAUUCUCCCCAAUAAGAGAUGGCAAUCCAAAUUAAGGGUGAAGUAGAACUGUCUAAAACUUUAUUUUACAUGGGACUAGCCCAUAUGGUCAUUACAUUAACAUUGCUAUGAAAACUCAAAAAAAAUACAAACAGUCAAAUCAUAGCAGGCAACAUACAGUGACUUAUUAUAACAUAAUACAUAUUUAUAAAUGGGUUGGGAAGACCAUAUUAACACAAAAUGUCUCUCCUGCAUGCAGAAUUAGCGAUAUGCAAAUCUACCUGAAUAUGCAAAUUACCAGUCUUGCUAUUCAGAUAGUGCAUAUUACUGUUGCUACCAACAGAGGGCACUACACAAGCUCCAUCGCCAAAUCCACCUAGUUGGUAGCAAUCCUCAGCAGUACAGGAGAGCAGCCAAUACAUCUCCAGGGCCAUAGUCAAAUGGCAGGAGGCUGGCAAUCAGUCUUCUCCAAUGCCCAGCGGCGAGGCUGGUUCCGUCACAGGCUGCUCACCAGUCUUGAAAUAUAAAUGCUUUAUUAAAUAAAGUUACAAAAACGACCAACAUUUCAGUCCCCAAUCGGGACUUUCCUCAGGGUCAACUAUAGGAUAGCAAUGUACACGUGCAUAAAUGAACAUUAUUUAUCUACAUGAAUAAUCAUGAUAACUCACCCAGGUGUUGUGCACCUACCUCCAGUAGUGUUGAAUGAACUUCUGUGUGUGCGAGCGCUCCCGCUUAAGUGCUCCGUCCCCUGCCAAUCACGUGAUGCGUACUGGGAUCUCAACCCGGUUGCCAUAGUGAUCUCAAAACAACACACCUCAGUGUCUAUAUAUAUAUAUAUAUAUAUAUAUUUUACACUACUCUUCACACACUCUUGCUUAAGUAUGAAACUUAAGACAGAUGUAGGGGAACAAAACUUGUGUGGACUGGCUGACAAUGAAAUUAGAUAAGAUAAAGUUGACUUUACGCACUAUGCGAAUGCUCUUGCUGUUUCAGUCUCUCUAACACUGUGGCAUGUUCCUUUUCUUCUACACUCACUACUGGUAAGAAGGUUUGGAUAGGAGUGGACCAGCGAGUGCUACGGGACAGUCCUUAGGAAGCAUAGUGCUAGCGCAUCAUUAGAUGCAUUAAUGCCAAGCUCAGGGUGCUGUCUGCACAGUAUGUCCCUGGUGGGUCAUCCUGCAUGAUUGGCAGUGCAUUUAUGCCAGGCUGACACUCCCCCUUUUGGGGCAUGUUUGUCUCUUUGGAUGGUUCUGGUUACAUAAUUCACAUCAGUAGUCUACCCUUUUAUCCUGCCCUCUGAAAUUCUGCUUCACCGGACACUGCUGUUAGCGGGUAUGGAUUUACUUGAAGUUACUUGAUGAAAGUGAGAGAUUAGCAUAGGAUAUGUAUUUUCUGAUAGCUAUAUCCUGUGAGUUUCCUUCCGGCACCUCCUCCACCAGAUACACGAUGCUUGAGAGAUUUAACUGUUUUAGUGUUUUCUGUUGAUAAGAUUCUGUAAUUAGGCCUAUCAUAAUUGUCAGGACCAGGCCCAGUGGGCUCUUAAUCCGGCCGUGCAAAUUAAUAGCAUUUUGAUAAUAUAUUGCAUUGUAAACACAUAAUUUAUAAAUGCAUGCAUUUGGUAAAUGAAUUACUUUCUCUUGCAGGUUAGAUAUAUAACUGCUCAAAAAUCGUCACACAAGAAGAGACCAGCAAAGGUUUGUGUUGGUGCUGUCCCUCACCGCAAUAUAGAAGAUGACCCACCUACAGAGUCAUUCGAAAUGAUUUGCGAAGAUUCUGCCUCUUGUGAUGAUGAAUGCACAAGCAGCCAUUCAAUGCAGGAGCAACACUGUGUCUAGAGACAAGAGCAAGUAUUCUAGAACACAAGAGCAUCAUUCUAAGCAUGAGCAUCUGUAUCACACCAGUACAGGAAAUGAAAGAAGUGGCUGGAUGCCUCUGUAUUUACAUUGCUAUGGGCGGG